AUGCCCCCCACUACUAGCCACCAAGUUCCUGACCUCCGGAAGCUUGUCGACGGGAUGACCAACUUCUGGCAAGACUCCAAGGACUGGCGGCGUAGCGAUAGGAACUAUAUCCAAGACUUUCGUCUUUCUCAUUGCAACAACAUUUCGCGCUCUCUCAAACUCGCUCAACAAGGCCAUCGCCAAGCCAACAAAGCGGCGAUUGUUCUCGGUGACCUUGCACAGUGCCCUGGACAAGACAUCGUGAAGGCAAUGCUUCGAGUCGAGCGAAUGAGAGACAAUAUUGAAAAGAUGCAUCAUGCGCUGUAUGAUGAUCGUGACACGCUCCACCAUGUCAAGGUCCGCCUCAGCAGUGAAUUAGAGGCGAUAAAAAUGCAGAAGCACUCGAUAUCAGUUGCCAAAGUUUCGUCUGAAAACUGGUCCAAGUUCUAUGGGAUGAUGUCUUUUUUGGCGGAUAAAGCCUGUCACGUUGACUGGUGUGAACAAAAUGGCAUUUCGACAGCACCCCUCUUGAUCCUUUUCGUCUCCUCACUAUUUAUACUGGGUUCUUCGCACCUUCAAGACAAUGCAGAUGCAAAGGUUCGAGGUCAGUAUCCUCUCACUCAAAGCCUUUAUCAUAAAACUAAGCAGAGCACGCCAGAGUAUGCCAAUCAGAAGCAAACAUGCGACGCUACAAUGAGGGAGAUAGAGAAUAUGAUCAAUAUUUGCAAUAGUUUCGAUGCUUACCUUGGACGUCUCAUCCAAUUCUGGAAAGACGUACAUAAAAGCUGGUCCGAGAUCCUCAACUGCCUCGAGGGUGGCGCUGAAUAUGGAAGUAUCACUAGGAGAUUUGAGAUAACGAGGGAUACUCUUCGCUCCUACGAGGAAGAGGUUGGCCGUCUCGCAGAUCAACUUCUCAUACCUACACCCGAGUACUGA